UCCCAGUAGGGCGAGGCAGAUAGGCACCAGCCAAAAUGGCACGCAAACCCGUACCGCAGCCGCUGACGCUGUCGGGUCACUCCGCCCUGCCCGAGGACGAGCACCACCCGCGCUCCGCUGAAACCCUCCAAGUCGUCUCUCUCCCGAGCGCAGAUUCCCACCGCUCGUCCCCCAGAACACCACGUUCCCCAUUCAGUAGAUUCUCGCCCAAGAAACCCGACUCGGCUUCUCUCAAUGCUUCCGCCUCCCACGCUCAUUCGCGCGCCCUCGAAGACUUUGACGACGACGACGACGAAGAAGCCCAAAACUACCCCCCGAUCACCUCUGCGUUGCAUCAGCCUGCCGAGACUCCCACGCGGCCAAAUCCUCGCCCUGCCCCUCGACACGAGUCCAACACCACCCAGCCAUCCCAGCCCCGCGAUCAGGGUCGCCCCUCCAAGAGCGGCUUCUUCUUCAAUUUGACAAAGUCGUCCAAACCGACCCAGAAACAAUCCACUCAGCAGCAGCAGCAGCAGCAGCAGCAGCCGCCGUCGCAACAACUACAGCAUCAGCACAGACGCUCCGAGUCGCGGAGCGAGAUCGCAUCGCGAGGCACUGACACCUCCGUCCCCAGCAGCAAGUCUGCAAAGCUUUCAGACACCUCUCUUCCGGAACGUUCUGUUCAGCAGUCUUCCACCUCUCAGCUCCCUCAAUCCAACCUGACUCAUUCCUCCACGGGAGAAUACACCACCAGCGCCUCCCAAAGUCAUCUGUCUAAGAAGAACAAACCCAAACCAUUUGGUUUACUGGGACGGACCAAAUCAGCCCGUGACAGCGAGCUUCCUACUCCCAGUCCCAAAGAGUACCGCCAGACGAUUCACUCUCCAGUCCAGGCUAUAGAGUCCACGAGGGCACCUCUAGGCAACAAUAGUCCAGGCCUCAUGGCGCGACCGCAGGGGGCCGAUAGGUCAUUCAGCAGCAACAGCACGAACAAGAUGAACUCUGCCGCAAGAAACAGGUCAGAAGACCGUGCUCCGCCUCUACCACAACGAGACCAGAGCAACAAAGAGAACCAGCGUGACAGAGAACCAUCGCGACAACACGCCUCACCUUCUGUUCGCGACAAUGGAAGCUUCUUUGGUGGGCUGAGGAACCUCAAAGCCGCAGACAUGAUCAGCAAAGGACUUUUCGGCAAGAGCAUGCGCAGUGGGAGCACCACAGAGCGGGAGCCCAUCAUUGAUGACGAACACUAUGUUUUGAAGGUCAUCAACCUCCCUUUAGUGGAACAGACCCGGAGGACACGCAUAUCACGAAAGCUGGAGGAUUCUAGGGAUAAGACCGAGUUCUGGAUGCCAGCGUUUCCGUGGCGCGCGAUUGACUACCUCAACUACAAGGGCUGCGAUGUGGAAGGUCUCUACCGAGUUCCGGGCAGCGGGCCUCAAAUCAAGAAGUGGCAAAGGAGAUUUGAUGAAGAACUGGAUGUCAAUUUGUUUGAGCAGGACGAUCUGUACGACAUCAACAUUAUCGGCUCCAUGCUCAAGGCCUGGUUGCGCGAGCUUCCCGAUGAGCUCUUCCCCAAGGCCGCUCAGGAGAGGGUUGCCAAAGAGUGCGCUGGUUCCGACAAGGUUCCUCAGUUGCUGAUCGACGAACUCUCCAACCUCUCACCCUUCAACUAUUACCUGCUCUUCGCCAUCACCUGUCAUCUCAGCCUCUUGCUCGCACAUUCGGACAAGAACAAAAUGGACUUCCGCAACUUGUGUAUUUGCUUUCAGCCGUGCAUGAAGAUUGACGCAUUCUGCUUCCGCUUCUUGGUUUGCGAUUGGCGCGAGUGCUGGAGAGGCUGCAAGGCUGAGGCGAAAUACAUCGAAGAGGAGUAUCUACUACUGAACCAACCCCCUCCACGGGGUGUCUCCGAGUCACGCAAACCUGUCCCCGACGAGCAGCUCCCGGCAACCAACGACGAGCGUGCGGUCGACCGGGCCGCCUCGUCGUCAGACAGCAGUAAACAAUCAAGUCAGGGCCAGGAACAACAACCCAAGACGCGGCUGAAGAAGAAGGCCCUACCACUCUCCGACUCGCAUGGCUCUAAUGGAAGCGUCGCGUCCAACUUGACCAUGUCGACAACGCUCACCAUUAAUAGCGACCAAGACGCACCAAGGGGCUCAGGAGAUCUUCGGCCACUGUCGCCCAUCAAGCCACUUUCACCCCUCGGUUUCUGAGUCCCUCCAUCCCCUGGAUACCCGUCUGUUUUCUUGUCCGAUUUUCUACUACAAUACCCGGGCGGCAUUGCACGUACAUGGCUCAGCACGAACCCAACGACGACACGACGCCUGGCCUCUUUAUUCCUGAUGGCUACGACGAUUCAGGCAAUACGUGCUUAGCUCACCCGCAUCAGAGGUGUAUCUUCUGCCCAAGAUUUGGCUGUAGCGUCGUCCACCAUUGUCUUGGCCUAUCCGAACUCCUCGACGAGGCGCUUGACUAUGUGUUCUCACGCAGUGCUGGCUUUGUGAUUUCUGUAUCCUCCCUUCUGGUCUCUUGGUCGUGCGUGUUUCUUAGAACUGCGUUUUGUCACGAGAGUUUAGCGAUGUUUCUUCAUGUUUGGCAAAGGCGCGCGGAUAACAGAGGAGCGGUGUGCAUUUGGAGAAUGCUAUACAAUGCGUGAUAUUGGGUGGCACGAAAAGAGCGAGCGCAUGCAACAUGAGGUUGGGCGGUCUGCUGAUGGAUUUAUGUAUAAUACAGCAUGAGGAGUUGCUUCGGAAGCUGGUGGACGGGAUAAUGGCGGCAUGGGGGCAACUAUCCGAGCCUCCCUCCUGGUGGUGGAUGAAUCGAGAUGAGCCGAUUGUCGUCUUUCGUUGACUUGUUGGCUACCAGUGACAUGAUCUACUUGAUCACAUUGGCUGCAAAAGAUGCCUCGGCACGCUGACACGGACUGAGAUGUAGAUGGACAAGAUGAUUUUUGCUGGU